UUUAGAUGGCAGAGCUGCGUGGAUUUGUGUCACUUUUACUCUGUAGGCCUGAUUUACACACAUCGACUUCUAAGCGUGAGCUGACAUCUAGCGAGUUUUUACUGUUACAUUAAAAAAAUUGUAUUUACCUUUUUAAUUAGUUAGUUCAGUUAUCUUAAAGCAUUUAUUUCAUUUUAUUUUUCAACAAAAUAAGAGCCCUGUACUAGCUUCCAUACUUUCCCCCUGCCUUUUAAAGCCUGUCUUAAAGGUGGGCAGAUCGAUCAAAUAUUGAUAGUAUUGAUACCAGCGCUGGUAUUGGUAUAGGAUCGAUACUAGAGCCACGUGAUCGAUACUUUAUUUAUAUCUUCUAAGUUUAGCAUGUAGCCCACUGCAUUGUGUGAAAUAGUGGACAUUUUUAAAAUGAAAAAAUAUACUUCAUACAUCCAGUAUGAAAAAUACCUGAACAUUUUUGCAUUAACUAUUUAUAGGCUGUAGCACAUUUAAACAACAGAAAUCGACCCAACGUGCUUUAGAUGAUCAUUGAUGAUGAUUCAUCUCAUAAAUCACGAAACACUGCUCUCCCCUGCAUAAGCCUUCUUUUAUAGGGUAAAAGUAUAGGUAUCUGUAUUGGCAAUACGGGCCCUGUAUUUACUUCAUAUCGGAUCAGUACCAAAAUUUUUAGUAUCGCACAGCACUAGGGGUCACGAUCAGACUCAGUCUUUUAUAUGAAACCGUUUCAAGGUCAGCUGUUACAGAUCUUAACUUGAGGGUCAUUCAACUGUCCCCACAGUUUUGUUUUUCAAACAAUCACAACAAACAAACAAAGUGCAUUUAUCCAUCAAAAGCAGCCGAUUUAGAAGCCACUCGUUUAAUGCUUACUGCAUUUGUGCCUGUGGUGCAAACAGUCCGGAGAAGUGAAUGCAGCAAAUUCUCUGCAACUUUAACCGUCUAAACAGCUGAUACGUGGCGCUAACUGAGUACCAGAAAUGGUUCUCGUCACCUUAAAGUGACAUCAAAGUGGAUGCAGAGCUAGGUGGAUGCGAAUGUGAUCAGCACAAGGCCUGAAAGAAAAUUCAAGCAUGACAUAUGAAACUAGCCACAUGCAGUGUGUGGUUAAGGUGUCAGAUUUUUCAGCUUCACAGUUUAAGCCUGCCUGUUUGAUGGCAGAGCCUCGGUUUAACAACCCAUACUUCUGGCCGCCGCCUCCGUCCAUGCCAGGCCAGCUGGAUAACCUGGUCCUCAUUAACAAGAUCAAGGAGCAGCUGAUGGCUGAGAAGAUUCGACCCCUGCACCUGCCACCUACCUCCACCCCUUCUCAGCAGCCUCUGCUGGUUCCCACCUCGUCCCCGGACGGUAGCGCUCAGCACGGUAUGCAGGUUCCAAAGCCUCAGCCGCAACAGGUUCCGGGCCACCACCCACAGCCGCAGGGCUCUGGACAGCCGGACAUCGCCCUGCACGCUCGUCCCGCCUCCAGUUCUGGACCAGAUGGAAAUAUGGAUGACAAGUCAGCAGUAAAGGCCAAAGGAUUAUGGGAGGACUGGCAAAUGAGACACCUCAGUGAACAAACUGGCCGGGUCAACCAUCGCUCAGGUCUGGCCCCCUCAUCUCGACCUGACAGCCACAGCACCUCAGAAGCCCUGACCCCGACGACUCCGACCUCCAGCAGCCAGAACCGCCUGGGUGGUGCCCCCUCUGUGAAUAUCAUCUCCGGACUGGCUAGUGGCCCUGGCAUUGACCAUAUGAAGGCCGGAGGCCUGGCAGGACUGUUGGGCCCCCCGCCAAAGGCACCUCGGGGAAGAAAGAAGAUCAAAGCCGAAAACACAUCUGGUCCUCUGCUGGUGGUGCCCUACCCCAUCCUGGCUGAUCAAGGAUGUGUCACUGUUGCACCCAAAGAGGGCAAAACCUACAGAUGCAAAGUCUGCCCACUCACCUUCUUAACCAAGUCAGAGAUGCAGAUUCAUUCCAAGUCCCACACAGAGGCCAAACCGCACAAGUGUCCCCACUGCUCCAAGACGUUCGCCAACGCCUCUUACCUGUCCCAGCACUUGCGCAUUCACCUGGGGAUCAAACCCUACCACUGCUCCUACUGCGAGAACUCGUUCCGUCAGCUGUCACACCUGCAGCAGCAUACCAGAAUCCACACCGGCGAUAGGCCUUAUAAAUGUGCCCACCCUGGAUGCGAAAAGGCUUUUACCCAGCUGUCUAAUCUCCAGUCUCACCAGAGGCAGCACAAUAAAGACAAGCCGUAUAAAUGUCCCAACUGCUACCGUGCCUACUCAGACUCUGCAUCGUUGCAGAUCCACUUGUCAGCGCAUGCCAUCAAAAACGCUAAGGCCUACUGCUGUAGCAUGUGUGGCCGGGCUUACACCUCAGAGACCUAUCUUAUGAAGCACAUGUCCAAACACACGGUGGUGGAGCACCUGGUGAGUCACCAGUCGCCCCAGAGGACAGAGUCCCCCAGCAUCCCCAUACGCAUCUCCCUCAUCUGAGCUCCGCAAGCAUUCAGCAUCAAGAUUCAGAGUCAGCGUUCGGCUGGAGCUUGUGAGGCCCUGCACCCACGGCCAUCUACAUAAGGCUUACAUUAGCAUUAUGACAGCUGACAUGAGCAUUCACUGUUAGAUUUUGUAAGCAGACUUGCCUCCAUCCGUCUCGACACAGGCCGUCUAUCAUAAAGGAGCACAGCGUUAUUUUGUGAAUGUAAAAAUACAGCCAGAUAUUGUCCAGGGGAUCGAGUGGCAAAGAAUGUCUUGCGUCAGAUUUAAUAAGCACUUUCGUAAGCAUCAUGUAAACCGCCGGAUGCAUUGGCCAUUAAAAAAAUGUUUUAGUUGUCUUGUUUUUGUUUUUAUUCUCUUCCAUGAAAUGGGUUUUCAAAACGUGCCAGAUGACAUUUGCCCGAAUAUUAAAUUGAAAAAGCAGGAAAAAAAAAGAAAAAGUUUGCUGGGUGUAUUCUGGAGACAUCCAAAGAUAAUCUUAAAGCACUUUUAGGCCUUGUGGUUUUGGUCAAAUUGUUUCAAUCUCGUUGGAUGGAAAAUGCCAAAGGGCAUUACUCGUGGCAGCUAAGAGUACCGACUGUGUACAAAAAAACAGUCUCUUUUUUUUUUUUUUUUUUUUUUUUUUUUUUUCAACUAUUUUUUUUUUUGUGCAAAGACAGGGUCAUCAAAAUUUAAAGAAAAGCAAUCGGUAGAUGACAAUUGAAAUAUUUCAUGAUUGUAUUAAGAAGUUGGACUAUUGGCUUGUGGAGGCAAAGCAGAGCUCGAUGGAAGGGAAGGAAGGUUUUUUUUUUGUAGUUCUUAUUUUCAAAAAAUGUUCACUCCAUAUUUAACAUUCACCUUUAUGGCACCUUUAUGAUCAUAACGUAUGAUCAAAAAACACUGCUUUUUUUCUGGUGUGUCUCUCGUUCCAGUAGUUAGUGCCAUAUAAUGAACCUUAGUGAGGUUUGAAGCGAAAGCAAAUCUUGUAAAAGUGUUUGUCCGCUUUCCCUGCUCCAUUAAGCUUUGACUUAUACUUUCAAAUAUAUGUUGCACAUGUAUCAGUGCCAGCUCUACUCUACUCAGCCCACUUUUUCAAAAUAUGCUUCAGCUUAAACUAAUUUUUACUUGAGCAGUAAAUUUUAAAGCUAACCAUUGGACCAAAAUGUGAAGUUAUUGUACAGCUACUCAAACCCAGCAACUUUUUUUUUUAGCGUCUAAUAAGCUUUACCUACUUGGAAUAAACUGCAGUAUGAUUCAUAUUCAGUAGGCCUAUUUUAUGAGUUUACGCAGGGGUGGAUCUUCUCCUUUUGUUUUUGUUUCUCUCCCUCUCUCUCUCUCUUUAGUAUUCUUUUUAUUGUACACAGUAUUGUUUGUUGUAUUUUUACUGUACCUGUAACCUCUGAAUGGUACUAAUAGGGUACCCUGUAUUCUUCAGGGCACUUCAGAAAAGGUGCUACGGCUAGACGUUACAUUUGAGAUGGAACUGAGAAUAAUGUAAAAUACAUAUACAGUAUAUAGUAUGUUUUCAAAAGAAUAAAAGCUUAUUACUCAAGCCACUGGCCUGAAAACAGACAUUUACGCCAACAACAGACCCUGCCUCUUCAACUUGCUCUCUCUCUUUUGAGAUAAUGGGAAAAUGUACAUGUUGCUGUACUGUAAAACAUGUUACUCAUUUAUAGUACCUAUUUUUAAGUUUUCAUAAACAUGUUUUCUUUGGGUUUUUGUAAAGGUUUAUGUAAGAGCUUACUGUAAUUAUUUUAGUCUACCUGUAUGUUAUUAAUAUUCAUGUUUUAUAUCAGUUAUUUACAUGUAAGCCUUAACUGUUUUACCAUCCCAUUUCCAUUACUCUGUAUUGUGUUCUGCAGUAUUCAGUCGUGUAAAACAUUUUUUUUUUCCUUCCGCAUGGAGUUCCUGAGCUGUAAUCUGUAUAACUGUUUAACCCAUGUUCUCUAUGAAAUGAUAUUGCGUAGAUUUAUUACACUUUUUCCUGUCUUGCAUUGUGGUUUCAUAUACAGUUUCUAGACAACUAAAUAUGCACAGCCAAGACUGAGAAGUUAAACUAAGGUUAUCAGUGUUUAAAAAAGGAGAAAAAAAAGGAAAAAAAGCUUUGUAUCUUUACCUUGUUUAAUAAACAGACUGUUAUAAAUCAA